CGCUCCGGCGGGAUAGAGGGGCGGAGACGGGGGCACCCCCGGGGCCCGGCCCGCCCGGGGCUUGCCGCGGGCCCGCACCGAUGCUUGUGCACAGCUACCCGGGCAUGGACCGAGCCGAGGGGCUGCCCGGGGCGCCGGCCGGGGCCCGCCUGCCGCAGCUGCCCUCGCUCAACCAGGCGCCCUAUGGCUCGGCGCCGCCGCUCUGCCACACGCCCGCCGCCGACUUCCAGCCGCCCUACUUCCCCCCGCCGUACCCGCAGCCGCCGUUGCCGUACCCGCAGGGCCAGGAGCCCGCUUACCCUCACCUGGCGGACCCGUACGCGGCGCUCAGCCCCCUGCACCAGCACCAGCAGCCGGCCUGGCCCCCGCAGCGCGGCCGGCAGGACGAGCCGGGGCUGCUCUCGCAGACGCACCGCGCCCUGGGGCUCGACCCUCGCCGCGAGUACCCCGCCGUGCCCCGCCUGCUCCACGGGCUGCCCGACGGCGGCCACGGCCUCGCCGACGGCCCGCUGGGCCUCCACGGCCUCGGCCACCACGGCCUCGAGGAUAUCCAGGCCGUGGACGACGGCGGCAUGAACCUGCUCGAUCAGUCCGUGAUCAAGAAAGGCUGGCUCAGGUGCUCCGAUCACCUGCUGCUUGCGGGAGCGGGAAAGCAGCAGCUGAAGAUCGAGGGGGACUUUUGGUUUACUCAGAUGACAAGAGACAAUUUUGGUUCCCCAAAAGCCAAGGAAACAAAGCUGUCAGGCUUUAAUGGUAGCUUGUCUCCCUCCUGCAGCAUGUUUAUGGGCAAACAAGCUGCAGAUCAGACCAGGCAAACAGCAGCAGUGCCCAUCCCCUCCAAGGCCAACGGCGCCACCAUCCCCGCGCUGUCCAUGGGCAAGGACGGCCUCAUCGGAGGCGUCACCAACCCCAACGAGGUUUUCUGCUCCGUGCCCGGCCGCCUGUCCCUGCUGAGCUCCACCUCCAAGUACAAGGUGACGGUCGGGGAGGUGCAGAGGAGGCUCUCGCCCCCCGAGUGUCUCAACGCCUCUCUCCUCGGCGGGGUCCUCCGCAGAGCCAAAUCAAAAAAUGGAGGUCGGUGUUUAAGGGAAAGGUUAGAGAAAAUUGGAUUAAAUCUACCUGCUGGAAGGCGCAAGGCUGCCAACGUCACCCUGCUCACAUCCCUCGUGGAAGGUGAGGCCAUUCACCUGGCCCGGGAUUUUGGCUACGUCUGCGAAACCGAGUUCCCGGCCAAGGCAGCAGCAGAGUACCUGUGCCGGCAGCACUCCGACCCCACGGAGCUCCACACCAGGAAAAACAUGCUGCUGGCCACCAAGCAAAUUUGCAAGGAGUUUGCAGACCUGAUCGCCCAGGAUCGCUCUCCGCUGGGGAACAGCCGCCCCUCGCUGAUCCUGGAGCCGGGCGUGCAGAGCUGCCUGACCCAUUUCAGCCUCAUCACCCACGGCUUCGGGGGCCCGGCCAUCUGUGCCGCCCUCACCGCCUUCCAGAACUACCUGGUGGAGUCCCUCAAGGGGCUGGAUAAAAUAUUCCUCAACAGCACGGGCAACGGGCACACGGCCGGGGACUCCAAAGCGUCAGACAAAGAGGUGAAGCAUCGGAAAUAACGAAAUUACAGCGCUGCCUCCCCCCCGUUGGAGCUUCCCCCUGGCUCCAUGGGGAAAAAGGUGACCCACAGCACUGUUUUCUGAACUGCUGAGUUUGGAUGAUAUAAAGCAAACAAAGAACAGACAGGAAAAAAAGGAAGAUUUAAAGGAUUUGAGAAGAAAACAGUGCUAAUGAACGUAGUGAGGUUGAGAGAAGCCAGGCUGAUGGCUUUGGGGUUUUGCCUUUUUUUUUGUUUUGUAACGUGGAUGCAGGAAGACAAGUCAUGUGCAAUUUGAUUUUAUUUUGCUUUUUAUAAAAAAAAAACAAA